UUCCGUAAGAAAUUCUCCGAAGAUGCCGAAAAGCAGUUACUAUUUUUAAACAUGAUUCUAUUUUUAGAAUCUAAAUCACAACAAAAAAAAAACUGAAUCAGUAAAUGCAUACACGUGGCAUAAACACACAUCAACGAUGUUUAACGGUUGAUUUGAUCAAAACAUUUUGAGUUCGAGGACCGAGUCUUUUCAGCGAGCAGGCGUGGGUGGGACGAAAAGGAGAAAGUGAAGAAAUUUCCCACAGAAUUGAGCGAUGAAAAAAACGUAUGCAGGUGGCGAUAUCGUAUACAUUAAACUGUGACUCAAUGAGCAUAUCUUCAGUGGAAAACAAUAUUAAUAAUUGAUUAAACGGCUUGAAAGAGAUGAAACUGAUGGAAUUUAGGAGAACACUCAAGGGAAAGUUAAAAGGAAAUGUUACAUUUACACAUUACUGAACUUCGGAUCAGCAAAAGAUUCUCCAUCGGCCUAGACACCCCAAAUGAACACACCAUCCACCAUCAGGUAAGCACGCCAUCUAAGCUUAAAGUCAUGAGAAGCUUGAGGAAAGAAACUUCUAACCGUAAGUCUCUUUUAUCACAACACCUAGAUAGUUUUGUUUCCAAAGGUCAAAAAUAAAAACUGCCAAAUAGUCAUUAGCCAUUAUCAGCAAUAAUCUUGGAAUCCUCAAUAAAAUUUCAGAAAUUGUCUGCAAAGUCUACCAGAUGUUUUUUGAUUAGCCAUCUUGAAGACUUCUUGGAAGUCUUCAAGAAGCUUUUGGGGAAUUUCUCCAAUUUCUCUGAUAAGUCCACCGAAAGGUUUCUGAAAAAUCUUUAGAGAGUGUCUAGGGAGUCCUCCAGAAGUUUUCCAGGAAGUUCUGUAAGAGUUUUCUCCAGAAUUUUUAUGGAAAGCCAUCUUCAUGAGAAACUACUCAAUUUCUGUGCAAUUAUCUAGAAGAUUUCUGAAAAGUCACCCAGAAGAUUUCAGGAGCAACAGAAGGGAGGAGAGCUCUAGAUUUCUGAGGAGCACAUUAGAGAGCUUGUUGGUCUAUCUACUGAAGAUUCCUGAAGGUUUAGAGUUGAAUUAAAAAAAAAGUUCCUAGCAAUUCUACCAGAAGUUAUCGAUGGCUCUUCUUCAGGAGGAAUUGGCCCUGGGAUUUUUUUUAAAGGAAAUGUCUUCAAGGAUUGCUUUUUCGGAAGAAAUUCUGCUCAUAAAUUAUCAGAAUUUCCUCCGUGAUUUUUUAUUAGAAGUUUCUUUAGGCAUUACCGUGGGUACACAGUUAUGGAUCACACACGGUUACGGAUCAAUUCGAUGCUUACGGUCAAAUGUCGCCUCACUGCACAACAUGACAAACCAUAGCAUAGUCUUCAUAGCAUAAACACUAUACUAUGCCACUCCAUGCCAUGCUAAGCUACAACAUACGAUCGUAAACAUCGAAUUGAUCCGUAACCGUGUGUGAUCCAUAACUGUGUAUCGACUUCUAGAAAUUUCUCAAUAAAAUUCUUCAAGAAAUUUCUCUAUGGGUUUCUACUACAAAUCCUGCAGAGAGUUCUCCGGUUCUUUUAGGUAUUCUUUCAAAGUUUCCGCCAUAACAUUUUUAUAAGAUAAUUAUUCAGUGGUUCGCCGAAGAAUUCCCCAAUGAUGUUUUUGUUUUUUUGUUCCUGCAGGAUUUUCAUCAGGAAUUUCUUCAAUUAAUAGAUACUUCAGAGAUUUUGUAAUUGGUAUUUCAGAAAUUGUAUAAGAUUUUUUCCAGAAAUUCCACCAGAGUAAUCUCCCCAAGUAACACAACUUGUCAUAUAAUGGUUUAAAAUACAUGUUUCAAACAAAAUCACUUGUUUCCGUUUGGUACAAAAUACUUGAAAUUAGACACUUGUAACACCGAAAAAGCGCAAAAAAUGGCGGCUUAUAAAACAUCUCUAAUAGUUGUAAUGAUGUUUCACGAUACAAUUUUAAUACUAAAAAAUACGUCUAAAAUACGUUUGAAUAGCGUACUUGUAACAUAACAGUAUGUUUUAUCAAAGUAAACAAUGAGUUAUCAAAUGCUAUUUGGUUGCAAUCGUGUUAUUUUCAAGUAUUAAAACUAACAUAAAGCCAUUUGUAACACAAUUUACUAAAAAAAUAUGUUCUAGUUGAAAUCAAGCUAUUUUCUAGUGACGAAUCAACAUAAAAUAAUUAAAUACUGAAUUUAUACAGCUCGUUCAUGGAAACUUUAUUUCAAAUCAUAAGUCGAUGUCAUUAUAAAUUAUAACUCAAGUGCUAAAUUCUGAAACAGGCAGCAUAUUAUCAGAUAGUAUGAACGUCUAACCUGCGGUUUCAGAUUUAUUGCGAAAUUAUUAGCACUGCUUCUAAAAAAAACAUGCGCCACGGUUUUAAUUAAAUAUGAUCGGGAAGGGUGUCCAAUUUUUUUUUGUUUCCAUCGGAUUCCAUCGAAUAAAUAACAUGGCAGGUAUUUAACAGUACCGGUGGAAGUUUUUGAAAUAGUGCUGGAAAAAAGUAUGUGAAAUAUUUUGUUGCCAAUUUAGUUGUCAGUUAUCAAUCAUGAACUCAGCAAUCGUUUUUAAAUGAUAUUAGGUACCCAUGUCAACAACGAAUGCGUUGGUGCUCAUUUAAUAAUAAACUUGAAGCUUUCAUGAGGCGUUCAUCGCCCUUCUCUCUGAAGCAGCCGCAAAAGAUUGCAAUUAUUUGUUUAAUGUUUUCAUAGAGAAGCGUUUCCGAUUGCAAAAAAAACCAAUCCAAUGUACAGGCGCUGCGAAGUCGUGUGCGAAAUUCGACUAUAGUAAUAAUGAAUUUGGGCCGAGUCUAAAUGGGUGCAAAUAUCGCAAUAACUUUAAUUUAGUUUUAUUGGGUCACUCGCCCACUUUACUUUUCAUUGUACAUACAAGGUGCUAUUUUUUUUUGCACCGUAUUUUAUGUAUUUUUUAUUUAUAUAAAUUUUAUGCAUGCAUUACGGUUUGACCAGCCUGGUUACUUGGGUGAUAACUUUGAAGAACUUGCCGUGAUUCUCAAACAAGUGUCGAGAAAAUAAAUGAUUUGAGUGGUUCAAACUAAAGAGUUGAGUGAUAGAAGAUUUCAUGGGCAAUAUAUGCUUUUCUAAAAUACAUAUAAAACUGUAUAUUAUAUUUUCCUACAAGUUUUUGAUAAGAAAAGUUAUCUUAAUACGAAUUAACUCAUGUUGCUCACAACACAAAUUUGAUUGAAUAUACUUUCUUUUUUGCGGCUCGCACUAAACCUUAAUAAAUAUAUCUCACUAUAUAUGUAUAUCACCACUGACCUAAAUAUAUAUGGAUCGCAUCUUUGUCCAAAGGUAACUCUCUGAUCUUACAUUUUACCCAACUAACAAAUACCCGAUCCCUGCAGGUUGUGGAAACGCAGAGUGCUCUCGGUCGCAAGUUGCAACAACCAUCAUACCAAAUAUUAUAUAGUUCUUUAAAAUCUUUGAUCUUUGAUCUUUGGCGCCGGUAUCAACCCAAAAUGUUUGAGCUGCUUAAAUUGCGCUAAGAUAAGAUAUAUCCUACGUAAUGUCCAUAUAAAUGUUGAGCGUAUUUUUGGAGUAUUCAAAUAUAUAUGGAGUGUGAACGAAUACAGAGAAAAUCGUAUAAAUGGUCUGGAACCAUUUGGGCAGGGUGACCAAUUUUGGGCACCUGCAGCUAUAACUCAGUUAAUUUUGAACCAAUUGAUUUGAUUUUUAAAAGACACGGACACCGUCUGCAGCCAGGGGCUGUACAGACUGAACGAAACUUAGCACUAGACAACGGAUACACGUAGCAUGCACCAGUGGAUACGGAGAAGAAGCUAUUCUCACAAAAAAGUCAUCACCCGGAGCGGGAAUCAAACCCUCACCCCUUUGCAUGAUGCGAUUAGAAGCUUGGUGACCCUAACCGCACGACUUUGAGGCUCUACUGGGACACGAUCAGAUUCGUGUCUAGCCAUGUUUAAAAAUUCAGGUCAAUCGGUUUAAAAUUUACUAAGUUGUAGCAGCAAGUGCCCAAAAUAGGUCCUGCUGUCCAAAUGGCCCCAGACCCUAUUACCGUUUUCGUUAAGAAAAUCUUGCCCGUACUUUUUACUCAGGCCCAAAUCGAUAACUUUUGAAAACUACUUGUGUAAAAGCAUGUUCUGCAUUUUAUUACUCUUUUAUCGUCUUUAGCAUAGCUAACCUAUAUAUUGCAGAGUAGAGGUAGAAAACAAACCAAUCCGAUAGUUAUUAACAAAGUUGAUGUUACAUUCAUAGGUGACUAAUCUUACCUUACCUAUUAUAAGAUUCAAAAUAUUGAUUUUUAUACAUUUUGAUUAAAUGUUAUUGACUGGAGUAUAAACACAUUGUGAACAGAAGUUACAAAAUUGCCAAUUUAUUACCAAUUUUGACGAUUAUACACUUAUAAUAGUAAAAAGCUAACACAUUUAGAUGAAAUAUAUUCAAACUUUAGUUUGUUUCACAAAUAUUGUUAUAAUUUUUCAAAAAUAUCGUUUUUGGUUAAAUUUUUUUAAUCGGCACUGUAGUUUGGUUCACCAUUUUUUUCAGUAGUAGAGAAUUUUCAUUUGAUGUUUUACCUAGGGUAAAAUUACGUUUAAAUAACUGCCUGAGAACAUCUUGAAAAUGUAUAUGAAGAAACCUUCAAAUAACGUUCAAAAUACAUCUUAGGGACAUCAUAACAACAUGUCAAUAAACAUGUUAUAGUAUGGUGCAAGACUAGUUUUUUAACAGAAAAAUAACUUGGCUUCAACCAAGCUUCAACUUAUUUUUCGGCGUGAAAAGAUUGGGUGUGCUCAACAUCAUAGUAGUCCGUAAAACUUGGUGGAGUACAGCCGUACGGUAUCUAUCGCCAAAAUAAUUCGUGUUUUCGUCAGAAAUAUGGCGUUUUCCGUUGUUCAGACACGAAAAACUAAGAAGAGUAAACCCAGUCUAACUAUUGUUCCAUCAAAGUGGGUGAAUAACGGGAAUGUAUCCUGGCCACCGAGGAAUUUUAUUUCGUUGUCGACAGACGAACAUAGUUUUCCGGAUGAAUGUACCUGGACUAAACAGGCAUGCAAAACUGUCGGCCGUGCAAAAACGUAUCGGGAAGCAGAAGACAUCGUAAACAAACUCGAAAUGGUCACGGAUUCGGAAGACGCAGUUGACAUGACAAGAGGAACACGCGGAAAGCCAGGCAAAAAGAAAUUGAAAUUCGAGGCAAAACAUUAUGAUUUGGCACCACCGAAAAUCAAAACUGCUUUGCAGAAGGCUAUGUCAUCAAACUUCGCAGCGUCCGAAAGUGGCAAAAAUAGUCAACCGUCAUCCCAAACCAUUCCUUGCCCGGCGACAGGAAUUUCAAGUGUAACAUCUACGCCUAUUGAAGAUCAACGAAAUUCUAACUUGGACAAAGUGAAUGUAUCGUCUGGAGAAGAUGUUUUGACGGCAAAUGGAACAAAUGCUUCUUUUGAUCAACCGACCGUCUCGUACAUUGCCAUGAAUGAAGGAAGUCAUCAACUAAACCACAUUAACGUACCUGAACAUCAUCUACGGUUGGAUGGAAGUGCUGCAUCUUCAAUUCUCGUGAAACCAUCGGUUUCUGCUGACAGGAAUCAAAAGCGUCCGAUAGUUGCACCUCGCCAGAUUGCUUCGCCAACGCAAUCAAUAUCAUAUUUACCGCAUCCGCAAAAGUCUUCCCCUGAAGGUUUCGUUCCGGAGAAUUAUGCUGCAGCUGACUGCAAAUUUCCGCCCGGCAGAGCUUCCGUGGUGAGUUUUUCAAAAUUUCACAUCUUGAUUACAACCUGCAGUCUGUCACUCAUACUGAACCUUCCACUUUUCGGAAGUUUCCUCAAAAAGUGUGUUUUAUACAAAACGUUCAUUGCUUUCUUUAUAUUAUAUUCACAGAUCAACAACAUGGCUCAAAACGCGAACAUCAUACGUGGAGUGGAUGGACGGCAGUAUAUCGGUCUUGGAAACGGUUGUUUCCUCGAGGUCAUCGGAGAGCAACCUAAUACCGCUGAAUUCGACGUUUCGUCAGUAGAUGACACGGCAAGUGAGCCACUGGCCCCGGAAACAGUGAUGACUACAGGCUCCGGAAAUGACGAAGUUAUGUGUGAACUACGAAAAGUUAAUGCCAGGCUAGACGGAAUAGAGCGUCGCAUGGACCAGUUCGUAUGCUUCGCGGCAAACAUAGACAAAUUUAUGUCCACCAAGCCCUCACUGCCAGCCAAUUUUCAAAAGAGAGUGGAACCAGAAGACUUUUCGGAUGUUCGUGAAUGUUGCCCGAUUCUGAGUGAGGCUGCGUUAAUGCAAAUGGAAGGUAAAUUGAAGGAUAAAGCCUACGCUGACAAGCUUUUCCGCUUCUUCCAUUCUGAGUACAACAUGAAUGGAAAGCGAGAUGGCAAAGCGUUUUUCAAAACAAUUUUUCGACGUUUGGUUGCACCCCCGUUGUUGCAGCCGUUUUCAUGGAAAGGAAAUUCAAGGAAGAAGAAUGGUGCAGACCCGAUCACUCCAAAUCGGAGCUUCAGGAACACGUUUCCAUACCUUAUCCAAUUUGUGCAACGCGUCAUUGCUGCCGCGGACAUGGAACAAACUUCAGAACAAACGGAAAUGUGUUUCAGCCAAUUUUUAAGGCAAAAACGCACAGAGAUCCAACAUUAUCAGGAAAAUGGAGGAGAACAACGCGCCGCCAGCAGCCGUUCACGGAAGCCGAAGGAAGCACUACCCUGUGAAGAACAGAAGCAACACGACAUGGAGCAGGACAGCAGCACCAGCCAGUCAAGCCAGGUAGCCAGCGAGGGGGACAUUGCAAGUCGUGUUUCAGAAGACAGCAGUAGCAGUGUGAAUGUGGAAUGAGUUAGUGGAUGGAACAGUGUAAUUUUAAGCAGUUACCCUUUUUUAAUGCAAAUGUGUUUUUCACCUGUUAAUUCAACACGAUUUAUGAGUUUUAUUGAAUAUGAAUAAAAAAUGUUUAUUGUCGCAUUGUUUGAAAAACAAAACAUUUUAUUUUCAAAUCAUUGAAUGAAUAAGCGGAAACAGAACAGAAUUUGGUAAUCGGAUAUCACAACAGUCGAUUUUGACCAUUUUGCACAAUAACUUUGCUGUAGGAAUGGACUCAGGCUUAUCUAGCUCUAAAUUUGUGGCAAAAAUGAAUAGCAAAGAAGACGCUACAGGAUCUUCAAAAAAAUCGAAAAUCUUUUUCAAUUUCUUACCGUGAAGUUCAAUCGUAUUUGAUGAUAGAUUGUGAACAACUUUUUCAACUGAAAUAAUGUCGUAUUCAUCUGUUAGAACCCAGCGAUUUGGUUCAGUUGUAGUGUCAAUGCAAAAAUUACCAAAAUCAAUAAAUGAAUAAAUAUCGGUGUCGAUUUGCUUUGAUGAAGCCUUUGGGCGCUUAUUUUUCAAAAUUGGUGUGUGGGACUUAGCUUUACCAUGCAUUUGGCUGUCACAGUUCAGCUGCAUUUCGCGUAUACGCCUUGCAACUUGAGUUAGGGGCAAGUUUCCACUGCGAAUUAGUCGUUUUAAUCCAUACAAUCGUGAUUCGAAUGGGUAGGCAUCGAACGUAUCCAACGGUCCAAAUCGUUCUACGUCGUCCACAAGGUGGGUUAGAUUGUGCAUAUUGCUGCAAAACAUCUGAGAACCAUACAAUCGCUUUGUUCCUUCCAAGAAAUCCUUAAUGAGGCGUUUGGCUAUUUUAUAAUUCUCUGGAGUCUGGUCGUGACGCGAACAUAUCUGUACGGCGCAAAAGAAGCUCAAAAAGUGUUCGGAAAUUUCCUCACGUGCAAAAAACUUUCUAGUUACAAUUGGACUUAGAUAGAGCAAAAAAGUUCUAAACUCUGUUCCUUUCCAGCGUGAAAGGUGUUCCAAACUUCGAACAGGUCUUUGAAACUCGCGUGGUAGCUUGCAGCUUUGCAAAAACAAUGAAACGGCAUCAAUUUGCUGGGCAGACCACUUGGCGUUAAGGUUGUUUAAUGAACCAGUCUUCCAGCCAUUCAAAAACCGUUUAGUAAUUCCAAGAUCGAUAAGAUGUAAAGAAUCGCCGAUUGGGAAGUCUUUAACCAUAUCUAGACCAACAACGGAUUCCAGAAUACUGUCUUGUUUGUGGUGGCCUUCAUAUGUACGAGUUCUGAAGUCAGUAUCGUUUCGCAAGGGUGCUUCAGUGUCGGGAAAAAUCAUGGUCCUGAAUUCGUGGGAGUAUUCCCCUUCCGUUGUACACUUUAGGCACGAAUUAUAUCCAUUGUGGCCAAUAACACCUGUAAUGAGAAAACAAAAUUCUGCAUAGAUUUAUGUAUGUUGAGAAACAAUGAACUAUUGGGGCUUAGUCCAAAGCUACGUAGGCCCAUUUGGGGUUAGUUUGCUGAGGUAGAGUUCUACGGUCUUCAACGGUUCAUAAAAAUUUUCAUAAUUUUGUAUUAUGAACAAAAAUCUUACAAAGGGACCCACUCCUCCUGAGGAUCUAGGAUGACCAAAAACGAGUCUUCGUAGUUUAUGAAUAGUGCUUGUUGACUGUUAUUCAAUAGAUUGUUUAUCAGAAAGCUUUCGAAUUGUUUGAAAUAGAAUACAUUCAAAAAUCAAUGUGACUUAUGCCAACGAUUUACAGGUGGCCCGGCUAUUAAUCAUGGAACUAUUCAUAGACAAACAGAUCUAAUCAUUAGACUACUUUACAAUCAAUGUUAUGAUUAUCAUUACUUAUUACAUAUAUAAUAAUUCAUACCUCUGAGCAUCGAUCUUGCUGGCGUAUCACAAAUGAAACAUCGAAGCGAAAUGUGGACAUUUUCACCUGCAACCAUUAUUCCAUGCUGUAGAAUUUCGUUCAAUUCACAGACAAAUGGUUCGAGGAAUGCAUUCACAUCUUUUGGUUUAUCUACAACAAAUGAAAAUGAUAGAUUUGCUAAUAAUAAAAAUAAAAAAAAACUCUUACUUCCUCCACAGAACACGCCAACAAUUAAAGGUGAUUGAGUAUCUCGAAUUUCGUGUAUGUUGACCAGGAUUGGCCAGAAGGAUUUUGAAGAACUCUUGAACGCCGGCAACCCAUCAAUAUUUAUGUUUAGCGAUACUUUAUUUGGAACUUUUUCAAACCGAGAUAAAGUUUCGACGAUUACCUUUCUCAAGCCGUAAUGCCAAUAUUGUCCGCCAAGUCGAUCAUCCAUAGAUAUAACAGUAGAACGCGGAGUUUGCACUAAGGUUCUUGCACAUUUUGGCAAUACAUUUUCGGGUAUAUGGCUUUUAAGAAUCAUCAAAAGGGCAUUGACUGCCGUAUGUUUGAUCUGGAAAUCGACCGCCCAUUUCUUUAUUUGGUCACAGAACUCUUGUGGGUCUUGUGAGUUUGAAGUAUCUUCAAAUUCGUCAUCGCUGUCAUUAACGCCAAUUUCGUCAGAAGGGUCAUUCAGAGGAAGCUG